UGUAUUGGCAGUUGAAUCCAAGUGUAUUAAUACCUUACAAGUUACUAAUUGAGUCCAAGCUAUGGCAGCAAUUAAAACUUUGACCAAUACAUAUAAAUGCUUUUGAACAAGAAUUUUGACUAAUAUUUUCCGUUUUGGUUACUGUUAAAUUUUGACUGAUAAUUAACUGAAAGACAAUGUAUUCAUCGCAAUCUCGAAACUAUAAAUAUAGACUACUGCAUCAUAAGUAACUCAUCCAUAAACAAUAGAAACAGUUGCAUCAUAAGUAACUCAAUUCAUAAACAUAAAGAAGAAAAUGAGUAAGGUAAAGAGCAUGGUGUGGAUAGUGAUGAUACUAGCUGUAUUGGUCAUAGGAGGUGAAGCAAAAUCGGAAAUAGAAUGCAGUAAGAUCUGCCGUCCCCACUGCCAGCGCUCAUCACCAGCGUCAGAAUGUGCAGCUUGUCGUACAGAAUGUUACAAGUUGCCACCGGUUGCAAUGAGAGGCAGGAACCGCCGCAUGGUUUCAGAAAAACAACAAUAGAUCUUUCUUGUUUUGAUUUAUAUUAUAUACAAUAACACAUGGUGACUACACAUGUAAGGAUCCAAACCUUAUAAUGCUUAUAUGCAACGGCUUAAUAAGAUGAGAUUGUUCUUUGUUCUUUUUUCUUUUUGUCAUGUUGAAUGAGAUUGUUCUUUUUUCAACAAUCAACAUGAGAUUGUACUUUUUUCUUUUGGCAAAAGAACACAAGUAUAACAUCAUUUUCACUUUUCUUAAUGAAACCACUAAACAAAAAGUAAACCACCGCCACCGAAAAAAAAAGAUGUAAAAAGAGUGAGAAAUAGGCUUUUUUAAUAUAUAAGUUAGCCUUCAACUUCAUGAGAAGAUCCUGAA